GCCGCCAUAAUGCGGCUUCUUCAACGCAAUCCCGAUGAUGACACAUUCACGCUAAAGCAAUUCCUGAACGUCCCGGAAUAUGCAAUCUUGUCGCAUACCCGGGGUGCAGAAGAUGGAGAAGUCACCUACGAUGAUCUGCACAGAGGCUCCUCGUAGCAGCCGAACAAAGUACCUGGUUACAACAAGAUCCGUUUCUGCGUGCAGCGGGCCGCCCAGGAUGGGUUCAACUAUUCAUGGGUCGACUCUUGUUGCAUUGACAAAUCUAGCAGCGCAGAGUUACAGGAAGCCAUCACAGCCAUGUUCUCGUGGUAUCGCAAUGCGUCUCGGUGUUAUGUAUAUCUCGUGGAUGUAUCCGUUCCUCAACAUCAAGCUGGAUCGAAGGCCGGAACACGCUAUAUUUGGGAAGAUGGCUUCCGGAAGAGCAGGUGGUUCACCCGAGGCUGGACCCUUCAAGAGCUUCUAGCACCUGCCUCUGUCGAAUUCUUCUCUUCCGAAGGGACGCGAUUAGGUGAUAAAAAGUCCCUUGAGGAUAUCAUACACGAGAUAACAGACAUCCCUCGCCAAGCUCUUCGGGGCAGCGACAUGGCUCCCAGCUUCAUGCUUGGCGACGAUGCUUGGCGAAGCGAACGGAAGGUGUCACCGUUACCACAGCGGUUUCCAAUGAUCAUGUCACAUUACUGAUGUCAUUGAUGUCAUUCAAUCAUCGUGCUCACCGCCUUGAACCCCCAGCCUUCGGCCUUCUCCCCUCAACCUUCAACCUUCAACC